ACCUCACGGAAACACUUGCUUAAUAUCAAGUUUAGCAUCACACGCAGUCUAUCUCUCUCUCUCUCACUCGUCAUUACUCUUUUGUUAGCUUCUGUAGAAGAUAGAGGAACUGGAGCACUUAGAGGCAAACAAGCACAAUGGAUGUGAUCUCUAAAGAGGGUCCGCUCUUUUUGCAGGGCGUCAAGUUUGGGAAGAAGAUAUGGCGGAAAUCCUGGCUGAUUUUGUUCGAGCCCAGCUCUUCAGGGAUCGGCCGUAUGGAGCUCUAUGACAUGCGUGAUAGAGGGGGGCUGAUGGGGUCCGCCGCUGCAAGGCCUUCAGGGCUCAGAAAGACAGACAAACGGGUGAUCCGCCUGACAGACUGUCUGAGCAUCACUCCAGCCCCAGGAGAAAGCUGCCCCAAAGAUUGCUCCGCCUUCUUUUUAAACACCACCUCAUGCACCUACACCAUCGCUGCCCCCUCCCAGGAGAACUGGAUGACUAUUCUGUGCCAGCUAGCAUUUCAGAAGACCCAGACAACCGAAGAUACCAAGAAAGAUAAAUACACAACACCGGCUGACAAUGAACUGUACUCCACCUGGGGAGCAGGUCAGUUCCAGGUGACAGUGCAGAGCACAGAUGCGUCUCAAAGGUGCAGGAUGUCUGGGUCUUACCUGCUGUCUUCUGAGAAAGAGGCUAUUUGUCUGCUGGAUCUUAAGACCGGGCAGGCCAUCUACCAUUGGCCCUACAGGCUCCUCAGGAGGUUUGGCCAAGUCAAGGGGGGAAUUAUGAUAGAGGCAGGUCGUCGCUGUCACACUGGGGAGGGCCAGUUCAUUUUCUUAUCAAAACAGGGGUCACAAAUAAAGAGGGCCAUUGAGGAGGCAAUCAUGCACCAGAGUGUCCAAGAACUUCUGGCACAAGCCACCGCUCUUCCACAAGAGUUCGCGUCCCAGCCUCCCUCGCCUAAAAGCAAACCGCAGGACAAGCCUAAGGGGAAAAAUCUCCCUCCAAACAGCGGGAAUCAAGAUCGACCGCUCCCACCAUUACAAUUCAAACAGCAUAUACACAAAUCCACUGACGAGGCACUCAUGUACAAUAGUCUCCAAGAGCUGCUGCCACCAUCCACACCCCUUCCACAAGCCAUUCCUCCCCCACCACCUUUACCGAAAUUCAAACCACAGGGCAGGGACAAAACUACGGUCAAUAUGAAAGUUCAGGAUAACAAGAAUCAAGAAAGACCUUGCCCACCUGCACUGAAAAAACCUGGGCAGCCGAUACACAAGCUCAUUAAAGGUGUUCUCGCAUACCAGAAUGUCCAAAAGGCAUCAUCCACUCCUUCACAACAAAACCCUCCACCACCGCCACCCUCGCCUAAAGCCAAACCACAGUACAGGCCUAAUAUUAAAAAGCAACCUCCGGUCAUUACAAGCCAAGAUAAACCCUGUCCAGUACCACGCAGAAACAUCUCCUUACCAGAUCCACCACCUUGCGUCAAAAGCCCUCCAAGGAGCCCGGAUGAUGUUUUAUAUUCAGUGAUAUUUCCACAACCAAAGCCAAGAUCAAAAAUGAAUCUCCCAAAAAUUCCAACGCCUCCCAGUCUACCACCAAGCAUGGAUACAGAAGUAACCAUGGAUAAAGAGAAGGAGUGGAAAUCACCACAAGAACCUUCUGAGGACAACAAUGAAGAGGCUCACUACACCAACUGGUCCGUGAAGACCACUGCCGAGCAGGAUCAACCCAAUAUUGAGGACAUAUAUAGCACAGUGAAUUUCGCAGCUAAACGUAAGAACAGACAGACUGAGGGCAGUGAUGAUCAAGAGCAGCCUAACAGUGAGCAACACGCUCCUGUUAUCACUUCCAGUGAAAUCCCUGUCAACUUCAAACAGACCCUUUCUAACAUGCUAUUUAAAGACCCGUCCAAAAUGCCACCCCCAUUUCUGCCCCGGUCACGUGGGGGAAGUUCUGAUCAGUUAGACCGAAUAGAUGAGCAGAUGACUGAUUGAGGUUUCUAUUGUCUGCAGUUGAGGUCAGUGUCACUGCUUGCCUGAUUAAUGUGUGUGAUAUCUGUUUUCAGUGUAACAUAACAGAUACGUUUAAAGGAGCCAUAUGAUGCUUUUUUAAAGAUCAUUAUUUUGUGUAUUUGGUGUAACAGAAUAUGUUGAAACGUUUUAAUGUUCAAAAAACACAAUAUUUUUCAAAUACUAUACAUUAUUGUAGGUCCUCUAUGCCCCGCCUCUCUUAAGCACGUAGUUUUCUACAAAGUCCCUCCUUCUAACAAGAGCCGUCUGCUCUGAUUGGCCAACUGACCCGGUGUAUUGUGAUUGGCUGAACACUGCAAGCACUUGUCGGAAAUGUGACGCCCCUUUGUCAUAGCAAAGUCAGAAUUACCUCCUCUCCCAGGAUCAUGAAACGGUCGUCCAUAAAAUGCAUUGCUGUUCUGUUGUAAGUAAUCUUAAAGAUUCCUAAAUGCAUCUACUUUCAGAAGGACAAAUAAAGUGCUUUUGCUUUUGCCUAGAAACACACAGCAUCUCCCUGACAUGCUUCAACACUAACUGCGUUUACUGAAACCGUGACAUCUUUCUUUGCGUGAACAUUUGGGUGGCAUUACGCAACUAUUUCCACAUAGUGAGGUAGACGUGGGGGCGUGUUUAAACGAGGCGUUUUAUGGGGGUGUGUCAGAUUCUUAACUUUGAUAAAGAAUAUCUCUUUGGAUUUGAGACUCUUUAAAGUCUUUGCAACUUUACAGAUCUUCUUUAAGCACCAAGAGCUUAUAACACUCCAAAGAGAAAGGAAAAAUUUAAAUUGCAUCAUAUGACCCCUUUAACAUGAAUAAUAGUUUAACAUAAGUUUUAACAUAAGUUUUUUAAUAACAAUUCACAGAAUAUGUACUGAGAUGAUUAAAUAUAAGGAAAAUGUAUGCUUUGAAUGUUUAUGUAAAUGAUCUUUAUUGAACGUGUCUUUGUAAGAUAUAUUGUAAAACUGUGUAUAUUUAACAAAUAUAACACAAGUCAUUUAACGUUUGGUUGUGAUUUGGUAUUUGGCAUGACAGCACUGUUUCGUUGAUUGUCUUUUAACAAAUCCUUAAAUGAAUAGUUCAUCCCAAAGGUGCUAGUUCCCAUUGACUUUCAUAAUAUAUUUUUUUUCCAUACAGGGGAUCAGCCACUGUAUGGUUUUCCACAGGGAUGUGCAGAGAGUUCCUAUAUAUAUAUAUAUAUAUAUAUAGGUCAAAAGUUUGCAUACAUUAGGCUAAUAUUUUCUAUUUUUGCAAGAAGUCACUUAUGGUCUUCAAGCCUGCAUUAAUUGGAUCAAAAUUUACUUUAAAAUAAAUUUUAUGCAAUGCGGAUUUAUUAUCCAUGUUGGAAACCUUUGAUACUUCUUCAGGAUUCUUUGAUGAAUAAAGGUUUAAAAAAGAACAGCACUUAUUUAAAAAUAUAACUUUUGUAACAAUAUACACUACUGUUCAAAAGCUUGAGGACUGUUUUUAUUAUUAUUAUUAUUAUUAUUAUUAUUAAUAUUUAAUAAGUGUGUUUUUAAUCAACCAAGGGUCUGUUAAAUUGCUAGAAACAGUGGUAGUAAAGAGUGAUAUAGUGACAUCUCUAUUUGGAAUUUAUGCUUUUCUUUUUAACUUUCAUUUAUCAAUGAACCCCCCAAGAGUAUCACAUGUUACAAAAAUAAAUAAAUAAAGCAGAACAAAUGUUUCCAAUACUGACAAUAAAAUCAGCAUAUAAGAAUGAUUUCUUAAGGAUCAUGUAACACUGAAGACUUCAGCAAUGAUGCUAAGAAUUCAGGAUUUCGUCACAGAAAUAAAUGAGAUUUUAAAGUAUAUUAAAAUAGAAACCAUUAUUUUAAAUUGCAAUAAUAUUUCACAGUAUUCGUUUUUUUAUGUAUUUUUGAUCAAAUAAAUGUAGGCUUGAUGAGCAUAAGACACUUUUGUAAUGCUGCAUAAUUAUAAAAAUGUUAAUAUAAUAAAGUCCUUUCACGUCACCAUUGCAGUAAUUUCAACCGCUACACUUCACAUAAAAAUUGGUGGCUCUUGGGUUUCAUCAACUAUGAUAGUUUUAUGUAGCCUACCAUACAUAAAUAUAAGUGAAUUUAAUACUGAUUCACAAUAUUACGACUUUUGGCGCUGCACGGUUUUGUGAAGUGCUUUAGUAGACAUUUAGCACAGACUGUGGAGUCAGUCAAGCAAAACUUUUGAGUUACUGAUUGUGUUUUUUUUUUACAUAUUGUCAUGUUAAUUAUAAUUAAAAUAUAUUUUGUUUUAUUAACAACUAUUUGUCUGAGAGGGGUACUUUUCAUUUAUUUUUUUUA